AUGAUGACCUCUGCAGUCCAUCUCGUGACGCAAUGUACCGUCCUCCUCCUCGUCUUUGCUCUGCCGUUGUUGGAUGCUCAGCCCACACCUUCCGGUCUUACCAGCGACCGCCGCACCAUUCAGACUGCGGCAUAUGAAAAGGGCAUCGGGUACGUCGCCGGCAUUCGCUCGACGAAAGACGGCGUGAACUUCUGUGCCGGAGCUCUCGUUGGUCCGUCCCACGUCUUGACGCGCACGAGCUGCAUCGUCGAGAACAUCCGCUGGGUGUCGCUGGGCUCGACCGCCAAUAGCGGCGCGAAGGACGGCGAGCAGAUCAAAGUCGUGGCGCUGUUGCCGCACCCGAACAACUCGGCGAGCCACAACGACCUGCUCCUCUUGGAGCUGGACGUGGAGACGACCAUUGCGCCCGUGCAGCUGGACGCCGCUGACUCGAUCGUCACGCCCGGCAUGAAAGGCGGUCGCCUUGGCUGGAACGACACCUUGGCGCAGGCCGUGCAGUCGCGCUACUUGCAGAGCGUCGAGGUCGAGUUCGUGAGCAACGACCAGUGUGGAGCGGAACUGGCCGUAGAUGCCACAAUACUGUGCUCGCGAGGCGUGUCGACCGCCAAGUCGUGCAUGGGCGACAAAGGCGGCGCUGUCGUCGCGAAGGACAAGGACCAGGACGACGAUGUGCUCGUGGGGCUCGUGACGCAGCACAAGGGCUGCGGAAAGGUCGGCGGCACGAGCGUCUACACCCGCAUCGCACCUGCGCGUCCGUGGAUCGACUCGAUCAUCAAGAGCUACUGCGUCUCCUAG